AUGAAUGAGGACGACUACGAUGACAACGGCGCAAGCUCCGCCGAGGAGGAAGACGAGCAGGAGGAGAACGAUGCCAUGGACGUAGACGAAGACGAGGGCGGAGACGACGACGAUGAUGGCGACAACGACGACGAAGACGCUGAGGGCGACAAUGACGACGACGACGACCAGGACCAGGACGGCGACAACGACAACGACAACGACAACGACGAGGAGCAGGACGAGCCGGGCAGCCCCUCGCAGCGACGGCGCAGUCUCCCCAACGGCGGCACCCCAGGGCCUUCCGACUCGAAUCCGCGGGUGACGCGCACCUCGCCGAGCCCGCAGGCCGCGGCGACAGGCGUGCUGGGCCACCUGCCCCUCAGGCCGAGCGUGCGACAGGAGGCCCUUGAUGCGCCCGUCUACGACAUCAUCCCGACCAUCGCCGCCCCGCACAGCACCUCGAUCAACGCCAUUACCGCGACGCCGGACAUGCGAUGGGUCUUCAGCGGGGGCGCCGACGGCUACAUACGGAAGUUCAACUGGAUCGACACGGCGAACGGCAAGCUCGCCCUGACAGUCGCCCAGCGGCAUCCCUUCGUCGACUCGGUCACCAAGGCGGGCGUGCUGCUGUCGUACUGGGAGAACGAGGACGGCGCGGGCUCCGACGCGCCCUCGCCCGUCUACUCGCUCGCCGUGCACCACCAGUCGCUGUGGCUGCUGUCGGGCACAGAGUCCGGCGGCAUCAACCUGCAGUCCGUGCGCCAUAACGAGGGCCACCGCAUACACACGCUGAAGGGCCACACCUCGGCCGUCUCCGUGCUGACCCUCGGCCAAGACGAGACAUCGGUGCUGAGUGGCAGCUGGGACAAGACCAUCAACGACUGGGACCUCAACACAGGCAAGGUGAAGCGCAGGUUCGAGACCAGGGGCGGCCAGGUCUCCGCCAUCGAACAGCGGCCCCUGUCUUCCCUCCCCGUACCGCAAGACUCCGACCCACUCCCCCUCUCCAACGGCACCUUCUCCUCCAACAACGCCGCCCGCCCCCGCUUGAACGGCAGCACCAACGGCAUCGAGUCCGCCGCGCGCACCACAUCCGCCCCAGACGAGCCCGAAGACGCCCCCGGUUCGCCCGACGACUCUCUCUUUGGCGACGGGGGCGACAAGGACUCUUUGUUCGGUGACGGGGGCGGCAACAACCCGUCCGCCGCACUCCCCGACAUGGGCGACGACGACGACGACGAGUUCUCGCGCGCCAUCGCCAACGGGAUCCAGGCCGCCGCCGACAACGCCGGCGGCGACAUGGAUAUGAUGGACAUGGGCGGGCCCGUGCAAGCACCCGAUGCCCACACACACGCAGAAACACAGCCCACACACAACGCGUCUGCGAAAUCACCACCCGCCGCUUCACAAACACAACCCUCGAAUUCUGCACCGCUGACGAAUGGACUCCCUCACGCCGAAGAAUUGCCUGCGGUGGUGAAAGACACGCCCUCCCUUCCGCCGAGCUCCGAGUCCACGUUUCUGUCGUCUUCGAUGGAUGGCUCGCUGUCGAUCUGGGACCGCCGGCAGCCGUCGCCGAUUGCAAGGCUUCUGCCUCCAAGGGGCACGCCGCCGUGGUGUAUGAAUGCAUGUUGGUCGCCAGACGGUAAUUACAUUUACGCGGGCAGACGCAACGGCACAGUCGACGAAUACAGCCUCCACAAGACCCUCUCGCAACCAGAGCGCACAUUCAAGUUCCCCGGCGUGAGCGGGAGCGUGAGUGCUGUAAGAGCUAUGCCAAAUGGACGGACACUGAUAUGGUACGCCCCCCCUCACUCCCUCCCUCUCCCCUCUUCCCCCCACUACCUCUCUCUCCCCUCUUACCCUCUCUUCUCCGUCAACACCAUACCGACUCAUCGCAACAGCGCCUCAUACGACAUCCUCCGCCAAUACGACCUAACCCACACGACCAACUCCUCCAUCGGCGCCGACGCCAAACAAAACACCGCCGCUACCCCUUUCUUAAUCGUACCGGGGCACAGAACAGGUGUGAUCAGCCAAUUAUACCUGGAUCCAACAUGCACAUUCAUGAUCAGCACGGGCGGGAACCGCGGCUGGGAAGGCGCUAGCACGGAGGUGCUGUUGGGAUAUGAGAUUAGCUAUGGCGCGUAG